ACAGAUCGCAGUGCAGCUUUGACGACCUUACCAAGAAACGCAAUUCUAGCAGACAUUGCAGGAACUGGAGACUAUCAUUUGGUAAUCACCGAUUUAAAGUUCGAAAAAGAUACCAAAUGUAGGCUUAAAGUUUAUAAAGGGACCUUAUUGACUUCUGACCAGGCAUUAGCUAAUGUACCUAAUUCUUUGAUUAGUUUUUAUGCUGACCAGUUAGAACCUAGAAUACCAGUGGUUGCUGUCGCUUGUAGUUCCGAACUAUUUUUGUACAAAAAUCUGAAGCCCUAUUACAAAUUUCGCGUGCCAUAUUGCCCUCUAUUGCAGGAAGAAAAAGAUAUUUGGAAUGAGAUCCUACAAGAUCAGGAGGCUAACCUAGUUAAUACUGAAAAACUUGUUAGUGUUCUCAAAAAUAUUUCGUACUCGAAUUUAAGUGCCAGAUCUCAGUGCAUUCUCAAUCUAACAUCUCCAAUAAAAAUAGAAGAAUACGUUCGUAAAUACAUAAAAACAAUGCCUGUUAAAGAAAAUAUAAUAACAUGCAUGACAACUAUUGAACGAUCGACUCGAGAUAAAGGGGCCAUUGCUUGUCCAAUCAUAGCUACUGAAUUUGGAAACGUUUAUUUCUUAGAUCCACAAAAUUUUAGCAUACUGCAUCAGACGAAUGUCUGUAACAUAAGAGCAACUCCAUUCAUAAUCAAAUGCACUGGCCUCUAUGACGUCGAAUUCCGGGUUAUAGUGGCCACCAGAGAAGGGCACAUUUGUCUUCUUAGAAAGGGUUGGCUAGAAGGCAAAUCUCUAGUCCAAUUGACGUCAAAUAUUGUCGAUAUGGUCCUAAUACCUGGAGAUAAUUUUAUAAUAGUGGCGACGUCAGACAAAACUUUGCAUUGUUAUACUAAAAGGGGACAAAGAUUAUGGUUAACACAAACAAUGUACAUAAUAACUUGCUUAUGUUUGGUACCUUUAGAUCAUAUAAGUACCUGUCUAGUAGCCGUAGGCCAUAAAAGUGGUUCAAUUCAAUUAUACCAAGGUAGACAACCCAUAGAUUUUACCUCUGUGGCAGACACCCCAUCGGUUAUUGCCUUUGGACAACUGGGACAAGAAGAAAAUGUUAUGGUAGUUAUAACAGUAGGAGGGUCUAUCAAUUUCAAAAUAUUGAAAAGAACCGCCGAUUUUCAUGUGAAGAAUCAAGAGAUUAUCCCGAUACUUCAAUCAAAACCAUUACCGUUGCCUAAGAGAAGUAAAUUGUUUUUGGAGCAGAGCAUAAGGGAACGACAAAAUGCUCUUGAAAUUCAUCAAUCUUUUCAACAAGACUUAAUAAGGCUGAGACUAUCGGCAGCAAGAGCUUUAGUACAAAAUUUAGCUGAUCAGUCAGGCAUAGGAAAUGAAAAGGAACAAAUUAAAUUGUCAGCACAGGUUUUAGGCUUAGGUCCGAAAUUCACAGUCAUAUUAAGCCUGGAAAAUAUUAAUCCAAACAAAGCUUUAGUAGGUUUGGCAGUUACUUUUCAUGCAAAUCCUGCAAACUACAUACUUUCCUCGUACAUUAUCACUGUUCCACUAGUGCCACCCAGUCUUUCUUAUAAAAUGGAAACGAAAGUUGUGGAAGUCUUUGAUGAGUCAACAAAUAGUGAAAAUUCCUCAGAUGAAGCCGAUGUGGCAAAUAGAAAAGUGAUAAGAGUUUUCGUAACUAGGCAAAUAAACUCAGUACCUGUGUUGGCUGCAACUAUAAAUAUGCCCCCGACAGAAUUUGUUAUCUAG